GCACAAGUCUCUCUCCCCAAUUGUCCCUUUCGUAUCCGCAGUCACACGCAGCCAAACCAAAAAUUCAAAUUUCAGCGACGAGAAGACACCACACACACGAGCCAAGGCCUCUACUCCAUAUACAUCAAUCAUGAGUGCAGCACCGGCAGCAGCAUCAGCACCUACAGGCGAGUCCCGUGGCGGAUUCGGACGCGGCGGAGACCGUGGACGUGGAGGACGUGGUGGCCGUGGACGUGGGCGUGGACGCAAGGAUGAUGGCGAGAAGGAGUGGGUCCCUGUGACCAAGCUCGGCCGUCUCGUCAAGGCAGGCAAGAUCAAGACCAUUGAAGAAGUCUACCUCUACUCCCUCCCAGUCAAGGAGUACCAAAUUAUCGACUACUUCCUCCCCGGCCUCAAGGACGAAGUCAUGAAGAUCAUGCCAGUCCAGAAGCAGACCCGUGCCGGUCAGCGUACCCGAUUCAAGGCUUUCGUCGUCGUGGGAGACUCCAACGGCCAUGUCGGUCUUGGUGUCAAGUGCAGCAAAGAAGUCGCUACCGCUAUCCGUGGUGCCAUCAUCCUCGCCAAGUUGGCUGUGGUCCCUGUCCGUCGUGGUUACUGGGGCUCUAACCUCGGUGAGCCUCACACUGUCCCCGUUAAGGUGUCUGGCAAGUGUGGAUCCGUUGGUGUGCGUCUUGUGCCCGCACCUCGUGGUACUGGCAUUGUCGCUGCUCCUGCCAUCAAGCGUUUGCUGGAGAUGGCCGGUAUUGACGACUGCUACUCAUCGUCUGCUGGUAACACCAAGUGCAUGGGUAACUUCAUCAAGGCUGGCUUUGAGGCCAUCAGCAACACCUAUGCCUUCUUGACACCCAACUUGUGGAAGGACACCUCUGCAUCGCUUCCUGGCAACCCAUUGGAGCAGUUUGCAGACUUGCUCAAGUAAUAUCUCUGCAUAGCAAUCAAUCUCAUCUUCUGUAUGCCUCCUAUCCUUGUCUGAGCUCUACACAAUACUCUAGUAACUCUGCUCUCCUCUGCU